AUGCAUGAUCAGUAUCCAAUAAGUCGUUCAGGUGUAACUGAAGUGUGUGAAGAUUAUGAUGUGAACUGCCGUAAUUGGGUGAUAUCUGACCGAUCCUUAUGUGACAGUAUCGAUUAUAUCUCCAAGACUUGCCGCAAGUCAUGUCGUCGCUGUUCGCAUAAAAUCGAAGAACGGUUUGAUGCUUCUCUCGUCCCAGACUCGUUGAAACCACUGGCUUGGUUGAUUGGUAUCUGGAGAUCAGAACACGGCGGAAAGGCAAUCUUUCCAACGAUACCGAAAUUCACUUACGGUGAACAAGUGGAAAUUUCGAUAGCAAACAAUCACAUGAGUGCACUCAAGGCUUUGAAUUACACGGCUUUUGCAUGGAGCAUGAAUGGAUUUGAUGAGUUACACAGUGAGUACGGCUAUAUAACACUACAACCAGGCACUAAUUACGCCUCACUCACAACAGUUAUGAAUAACGGAUUCGUAACAAUCGAGCAAGGUUUCGUGAAAGGCAAUCAAGUGGUCUACAGAUUACACGAUAUCGGCAGGAUCAGUUUCAGCAGAGAUUUGCCUGUUCAUGAUGUAGUCAUUAUCAUCUCGCUCUCAUUUCAGGUGGUUCGUGAGUGGACUCUAUUAAGUGACUCCAUUCUACAAGCUCGGCUGGAAAUGGAGACGCUUACACACGGAAUGCAAGAGCAUACGUUCAUUCGUUAUAAUAAGAUAUAUCCGUAA